AUUGGCCAGGCUUAUUUUAUCAAAUUUAUUAGAACAAUUAAAUGGAAAACAACUCUUUAUCUUUUUCUUUGUUCCAACGUCGGUUGGUGCAGCUUGUACACGGGAAACAAUAUUACAAAUUUAAUUCAUAGGCAACAUAUUCAACAUUUAGAAUUAAUUGAUGCUCACUUCUUUACCAAAGCUAAUCGACUUUAUUUAAUAUUAGUUGACAAUAUAAGCGUUAUUUAUGAUUGGGUUGGCACUUAUAUGGACAUCUACAAUAAAAUAUUUACUCCUUCAGCUGUAUCAGUUGCUACGUUUAAAUCUAAACAAUCGAUAAUUAUAAUAUUUGCACAAAAUUCUAAAUCCGAUUCAAAUAUCGCAUCUACUGUUUACGAAUUCAAAGGAAACGAUAUCAAAAUGAUACAAUUUUUACCUACGAAUAAACCAAUUUCCGUUCAUCAUUAUUCUUACAAUAAUGAUCAAUUCAUUUUAAUAACUAAUGAAAUAAACGGAAGUAAUGUUUACUGGUGGGACGGUACAGAAUUAUUAGAAUGGAUCGAUAUUCCUGAAAUUAAAGCACAUUAUUCUAUGCAAACAAUAUAUUUACAAGAUGGCACUUAUUUUAUUAUUGCCCACGAUGACGUUGUGGAGUUAUUUAAAGUAUACGGUAUAGCCAAUUAUGCUUCUGUGAGUGUUCAAAAGUUAAAUAAUAACCAGAAAAUAGUGGAUAUGCAGACAUUAUUACGUGACGAAAAUAUAACUUUAGUAAUGACUACAAUGAGUCGCGAAGGAUUGUAUUUUGUCGAGAUGUGGGAUUUAAAUAUCAAAAAUAAAACCUCCCAUGGGAAUAAUCUAACAAUCACAGACACAUUACGAGAAUGUUUAUCAGAAGUCGUUGGAUUAUUGCAAAACAGAUUGACGAUCAUUAACAAGUUCGAAUCAUUCUUUGUAAAACAAUCUUGGUCUAAAAAUAAUUCGAAUGUUUGGGAUGCAAUCGAAUUGCCGAGUAUCGUUUUGAAGUCCAGUGUCGUAGAACAAAUUAAUUUAUUCGUCGAAGAAGAAGUACUGACUCCAUCCGAACUUCGAAUAAAUUUAGAUGAUCUCGAAUCGAAAAUUGACGAUUUAUCAAAAAGAUCAUUAAAUAUAUUAAAAGCAAAUACUACAAAUAAUAUAAAUGGCAAGAUCGAUAUCAUUGGUGAUGCAUUUUUCAAAGAAUUGAUUAUCGAUACGAUAUCCAUCGAUAAAUUAAAUAAUGUUAGCAUAAAAUCUAAAGAUCUUAUAUCUGUAAAAGAUGAUCAACAAUUUGCGUCAACUUUACGCGCUCAAAAUAUCACCGUUCAUGAUCUCCAAGUGAAUUCUCUUUGCGGAAUUCCUAAUCAAUAUUGGGCUACGAUUGAAAACAAGGAUGAAAAGAUAUUAAUUAAAGAGAGUGAUAGGACAAGACAAUUAUCUAAUAAUGGAGCAUUCAUUUAUUCCAAUAUUUCUAUACCUAAUUUGAAAGUAAAGAAGAUCAAUGAUAUUGAUAUGGAUCAAUUGAUCGAUCAACUUUUCGUUAUUGGUGGAAACCAAACGAUUACAGAUAAUGAAGUACCAUCCUCGUGUUUGAUGACAAAAGCGUUCGAUCAACAUUUUCCGGAAUCUUUUAUAAAAACCCUUGAAGUUGAUUCGCUUCAUACAGAAUUUAUUAAUAAUAUCCCUGUAUCCAAAUUUGCUAUGAAAUCACGUGAAAAUAUUAUUGAUGGUGAAGUGAUAUUAGAUAAAAUGGAAGUAAUAGAAAUGUUCACUAUGAAUUCAGACGCAGAAAUGUCGAUUAUUCCACCUUCUCAAAUUUAUGAUAACGUGAAAAUAACUGGUGACGUUGUAGUGAAAAGAUUUGAUUUUGAAGAAAAUGGAAAAUUAAUUAUGGGAAAUCUAAAGGUCAAACCAAGAGAAAUAUUUCAUAAAAUGUGGACAAAAUCAACGGAUCAAACGAUUGAAAAUGACAUCUCAUUCGAUUAUGGUGUAACAAUGGAUCGAUUAGAAACUAAAUACUUAAAUGGUUUUACCGAGAAAGAAUUUUUAUAUACCACAGUAGAAAAAAUUCCAUCGAUUUUCACGAAUCUUUAUUUUAAAAAUUUACAUAUCAACGAUGUCUUUCAUGAGAAUGAAACAAAAUUAAAUAGCAUUGAUGUUCAUCAAGAUCGUAUUGUAAUCCGUGGUGAUCUACAUAUCGGGAAAUUACAAUCGCAUCAUUUAAUUACUAAUAAUUAUAACAAUAUAUCCAUCGAUGUAAUUUUGAAUAAUUCUGGAAAUCUAAAUUUGUCCGAAAAUAUUAACCUUCCUGAAAUUUCAGUAAAACGUGCGAUCGUACGUGAAUUCAAUCUCGAUCGUCUCAAUGAUCGAGCAGUUUCUCCUUAUUUAAAAAUACAAACGAAGAUAAACGAGAAAGGAUUGAUCAAGACACCGAAAUUUCGUGCUGAAGAAAUCGUGAUAGAAAAUUUUGAUGGAAAAAAUAUCUCGUAUUUAAUCGAAUUACAAAAUGCAACGAUUGCUGAUAUAAUAAAAGAAAUAAUUAUCGAUGAUGAUCUUGUAUUGAGCGAGGAUUUGAACGUGGUUACUAUCGGCGAUUAUCCGACCGAAUUGUAUUUGAAAAAAAUAGCGUUAAACAAUAUUUCAGUAUCGACAGGAAUUAUGGAACAAUUAAUUGUACAGAACAUAACGAUGGAAUUUUUAGAAGGUUUCAAAGUCGACACACUUCCUUCGAAUAUUUUUUCAAAGACAGGUUCGCAAAAGGUACCCGGAGGAUUCACCUUUAAUACGAUUCGUGCAGAUAAUGUGGAAGCUAAUUAUAUUAACGGGAUAAACGCUUCAAAAUUGAUGUGGAUAGAUGAACCUCUUAUUUUAGAAGGAAACAUAACAUUCACCGAUCUUUUUAUUGAUAAUGAUAUCAAUACAGAAAGUUUGAACGGCUAUGAUAUUGAACAGUUGGACCAGAGCCCUAUUUAUUUAACUUCUACAAACAUAUCGAAUUUAUACGUAAAUGGACAAAUUACAUGGGAAAAUUCUAAUCAAUCCUCUGAAUCAUUAUCAUAUUUAUUUGAAAAAGCACUCAGGAAAGACAUACCGCAAGAAAUUCAGGGUAAUGUAACUUUCACUAAAGAUUUGCACAUCUCAUACUUUACGGGAGACAUUGAAGAUGAAGAUAAGAUUAGAAAGAUCGUAGAAGAUACUGUACUCGAAGAUUCGGAGAAAAUUUUUGUGAGUGGACAAAAAAUUUUCUAUGAUAAUUUAACGACGAAUACAUUGAAGGCAGGAAAGGUAAUCGAUAUAGAAAUGAUUAAUGGAAUAAAUAUCGUUGAAUUAAAUGCAUCAGUUGUUAACAAAUACGAAGAAAAUGUUGUAACAGGAUCGAUCAAUUUUUUAAACGAAGUCAUCAUAGAUAAUCUCAUUUACAAUGGUACUCUUCACGAUACACCGAUUACCGAUUUGGUUCUUUCUGAUCAAAUGUUACCAAAUAAUACACAUAUGAAAAAACUCGUUGUUAUGGGAGAUAUUUUUUUGGAAACAAUCGACGACGUUAACUUUAAUGAAUUUGUAGAAAAUCGUGUAACACUUAGCAAAGAUCACGUUAUAACUUCUGAUAUACAAUUUCAAGGCCGAGUUGAAACAACUGGAAAUGCUGUGGUAAAUUACAUCAAUGGUAUCAAUAUUUCCGAUUUAGUUUUGAAUUCGUUAAAAACGACUCAAAUUAUUUCUGGCAGAAAAACUUAUGUGAACGAUAUAACAGUGAAGAAAAAUGUCUAUGUUCCAUUGAUAAAUGGUAUCAAUUUAAAUGAGGAGUUUUUUAACAGUGUUUUAAACGAUGAAAACGUGAUCAUCACCGGAAAUCUCAUCUUUCAAUCGCAUUUGGAUGUCCGAAAGGAACUAAUAGUUUCUGGAUUAGUAAAUGGUGUAAACAUGAGUGAUUUAACGAACAAUUUGGAUAAUCUACAAAAUCGUAGCAUAUCUUUGUUGAAAAAAAAUAAAACGUUUAUCGAAAAUGCUAUUCUAAAAGAAACUUCCGUUAUUAGAUCUUUACCAAGUGUAUUUGCAUAUUUGGAAAAAGAAGAAAAUUUGAAGAUUGAAGUACCUGCUAUUAAAAAGAUCGAUGUAGUUAUAUUUAAUUCGAUUUUAAAAUUAAAUAUGUAUGGCGAACAAAAUAGUAAUUUUUGUGGAUUACCAGAAAAUUGUUCUUGUCCAUUGCAAUACGUUGCUGAAUUAAUGGAAAAUGAUUGUCAUGUUUGGAGAUGGAACAAUACUUCCAUUAUACAAAAUUGGCACGAACCGAACAAUCAUUUUGGUAUUGAUAUUACUACAAGUAGUGUUUCUUACAAUUCAUAUUGUACUCGAAAAGAAACGAAUCAAGAAUUUACUACAAUUUCAUGGAUGUCUAAUGAAAAACUUGGAACAACUAGUCUCAUCAAGGAAAGAUAUUCGGUUGUUGAAGUCAAGGGUUUUCUUAAAGAUUCAAAAACGUUUACUUACAAUGAUGAAGUAUAUAUAAUUAUGGCGAUAUAUUACGAUCCCAUUAUGAAGACACAUAAUACUAACUCGUUUAUUUAUAAAUUAAAUUUCGAAAACGAGAGUUUAACUUUGCAUCAAGAAAUUCCAACGAAUGGUGCAACAGCUCUUGAAAUUUUACAAAUAAAUAAAGACAUAUACAUCGUUAUAGCUUGCGAUGGAAAUACGAAGAUGGGUUCAUUUAUUUAUAAGUUAGAUUUUAUUACUUCAAUGUUCGUUUCGUUGAGAAGAAUUCCAGGUAAAAGUAAUAGUGUAAAAAGUUUAGUAAACGAUGAUGAUUAUUUCAUUAUGUUUAAUGACAUCGAUACACAUGCUUUAAAUAUUUAUUAUUACAAUUAUAAAUUUGAUAAUUUUUAUUAUUAUCAAAGUUUCUUUCAUGACUCGUCUAUCAAUGGGAUUCAGAGUUUCUACAUUGGUGAAUUUGGAAAUAGUGAUGGUUACGUUAUAGUAACCACAGAAGAUGGGCAAUUUUAUGUUUAUGAAUAUAUGUUUGUUGGGAAAUUCCAAAGAAAGUUUAUAUAUCAAAUAGAUGGUUUACAAACCAUUGUUCCAUUUCAUUACAAACAAUACCAAUAUCUUAUUUGUGGAACAAAAUCAAAUACAACAGUAAUGCGUAUUGUGCAGCAUGGUUUGCAUUGA